AUGAGACCUAAGCAAACACUUAAGACGUAAAUUUUGUGGAGUCUUGACCCGUCCAUUGUGACACUCAUGGAAUUUGCAGUAGAAAUUUCAUAAGCAGCCACUACCAAAGCCUUAGUGAAUUUAUUGAUAAGAACCAAAAUUAAUAGAAGCAUAAUAUUGAUCAUAUUUUGUAAGCUAUUUCUUAAUUUUAAAUCAGACAAGCUUUUUAAACAAAUAUAGCAUAUUCUUUCUUAUGUAGAAUGUUUAGGUAUAUACCUAAUGGAUAUUUGA